AUGGGGGAGGAAGAACAGAGAACACAGCAGCAAGCAAGGAUCCAGGAGGCUCCUGCAGGAAUGCAGGAGAGAAGACUGUAUUGUUCUGUAAUGGAAGCGGUGAAGGUGGAGCGGGGCCCCGAGCUCACUUCCUGGAUCGCUCCUGAUGCCCCUCCGCUGCCCCCUCCCGUCACCUUUGCCCUUAAGUGGCAUGGUAUUCAGAAUGCCCUUCCCCAACCUCCCGUCCGGUCCGUCCUCGGUGGGUUUAAGCCCAAGGCUUGCUUUCCCGGGGAGUGGGGGGCGUGCUGGAACCCAGCGCCUGCGCUCACUCAAGCAGCAGGGCUGAAAGGACAGGGCCUCUGGGGUGUCUUGGUCGUCUUGACCCGUCUCCGGUUGGACCCCGAAGGGGGCUGGAAGUGGCGGCGCGCGCCGGGCCGGGCGGGGCCGGGCGGGGGAGGGGAGGGGAGGGCGCGGCGCGCGUCGGGCGGUGACGGCAGCGCGGAGGGAGGCGCGAGCGGCCGGCCGGCCCGCGGGGAGCCAUGGCGAGAGGCCGCGCCGCGGCGCCCGCUCCCGAGCCCGCGUCCGCAGCAGCGCCCCCACCCGCCGCCCCGGGGCCCGCCCGGCCCGCGUCCCCGCGCGCCCCCCGCCCGUGACACUCGCGGGCCGGAGCCAGGCCCCCCCGGACACCCGGAGUUGGCGCGGGGGAGCUCGAGCGCAUCCCCGCGCCUCUCCAGCGCCCGACGACCCCGCGUGCCGGCGCCCGCGGCCCCGAGCCUCGGAGUGCCAGGUUGCCCAGCUAGCCGCGGCCGGAAGCGUCGCCCAGUCCCCGUGCCGCCCGGCCCGCUGCAGCGGAGGGACCCGGAGCGGCCGGGCGGUCCGGGCCGGGCUGUGGACGACGCAAAGAAGACGACAACGACAGCGGAGCGCCCGAGGCCCCGGGACCCUGCGCCGCCUGAGGGUAAGCCGAGGUCCGCCUGCCGGCGCCUCGGGCACCCGGCCUGGGAUUCCCUGUGCACGUGUACUGCCGCUGCUGCAGCACCAGAACCGGGGCCCACCUGCCCGACUGCCCCAGACUCCGGCAGUGGGGCCCCCGAUGGCAGUGGGCACCUCCCUCUGAAACCUGUCAAGCUGGACGCCACAGCUCUGCUCGACGACACUUCGGCCAGCUCCGUGACCCCUUUGGCAGCGUGUGACCAUGCAGUCCUAGCCUGCAGCCCGGGCAUCCCUGAAGAGCACUACGUGAGUGAGGCUGUGGAAGAUGCUCCCAGCUCCAGAGGGUACCGGGAUGCCUGCACCAUUACCGGUAUGGUCUGGCCCUUCCCUGCCAGGGAUGGGUGAAGACUGGGGAAGAGACCCAGCUGCAGGAGCCAGCCCACGGAAGGCUUAGGGGUCAUGGAGCUCCCAUUUAGAACCUGCUUUGCCAGCACUCAGAGUUGUCACAGAGGUCAAAGACAGUAAUGUUGUACACUGUGUAGCACACAUGGCCCGCUGUGCAUGCUCAGUGUGACUUGGCCUCUUUAUCUCUGAGACUCAGUUAGAUAGGUGUGGUAGAAGUGACAUCAGCGUUAUGGUGGGGUGGAGAACCGAGCACUGCAGGCAGCACUGGCUGUGCCUUUAGGACUUACAGCCAUCCCUUCCCAGGCACAGCUCCAAGGGUCCCAGGCCACUGGUGAUACCUCUAAAGUAGAUACUUUGUUCCAGAGCUCGUUUCUGUUACCCAUGGGAAUGUUGACAAAAGUCCUUGGAGCCAGCACCAGGAGGGGGCUGUGAAUGGUAACAUGGGAUGGCAGCUAUAACCUCACCAAGUGACGGCAUCACAGUUUUAUCCCACUGCGUUCAGAAAGAAGUUUGCUCUAGAUUUUAUUUUGUCCUUGAUUCUUGCUUUUGUCUUCCUAUUUGAAACAAUGCAGUAUGACACAUUAAUAUGCACCUUUGCAAUCAUUAAAAAUGACAAGCUAAUAACAGUAGCUUGUCAUUGCUUUUGAGAUAGGCACCAAGGACCUCCUGUGUGGCAGGAGUUUCCCUGCUUCAGAGGGGCCUAGAGAAGGCUGGAGUUCCAGCCUGGUGCCUUACUCUUCCUUGCUGCUGCCUUGUUUGCCUACAUGUGCUGUCCGCCCUGUGCACCAAGCCCUACUCCUGCUUUCCAGCUACCUGAAGAACAACCUCUGUGCCAGUACCCACUUCUUUCUGCUAUAUCGUGAGCUCCCUCACUCCUGAUGCAGAGGUGCUGUGGUGUGUCCCUUCUUAAAUAGAGUCUUCUUGGCCCCACGUUUCCCGCACCUCAGUUUCUAGACCCAAGUUUGUCUUCUCUUCCUCUCUCCCAAGUCCCCUGCAGGUGCACUGACUGUUCUGCCCAUUCCUGGGGUCCGUCCUCAGUCUUUGACUCCAUUUUGCAGCAAACAACA